AGCAGGACCAAGCGACAGGUUCAGGGGACCAGAGAGAGGAGCCUACAGUGUCAGGAUCUAGCUGCAAACUCAUCUUCCCGGGCUCUGCUAUGAGUGUGUUUAUCGAGGGAUUCAAGAAGACCUGUGAAGGCCCCAAUCCAAACUAUAAGCUAAGAGAAAAUUGUGCCUCAAAAGGUCAAGAGGGUGACACAAUUUCUUAACUACAUGGCGAAGAAUGAGAACUACCAGUCCUCUCUCAUUUUCCUGACAAACCAUGACAAAAUAAGGAAAUGGGUUCAAUUCCUCCAGAAGAACAAGGCAAUCACCACAGUCAACCACUACACCUUGACUAUUGGUGCAUUUCUAAAAUUUUCUGAGGAGACCCCUCCACCUGGCUGCCGGCUGACCGUGAACCAGUGGAGGGGGAUCAACCGGUUGAUGAAGGGCAUUAGCAGGUCCAUGAGAYGGCCAGUUUCCCUUCACCAGGUGAAGGUGAAGGACAACAAGGAAGGCAAGGUGGUGUCCAAGAAGAGCCUGCUGGAGUGCCAGUCUCUAGCCAAGACAAAAAUCCCUGAAGUGCUGAAAACAUUGGAAGAAACAAGAACACAGAGGAAUCAGUACCGGUUCUAUGGGUACCUGUGUGCCUAUUUUACCUCCAUAUAUGGCCACAGACCAGGCCUGUAUAAGAACAUGUUGGUGAAGGAGGUGGAGGAGGCUAAAUGUGACCACUCUGGGGUGUAUCUGAUCAAUGUGGGGGAACACAAAACGAACAGAGAGUAUGGCAUGGUCCAGAUGUCGCUGACAAAGGAGGAGUACAGUUGGUUUACGGACUUCCUGAAGUUCAAACACUGUCUCUCAGGGGGAAAGAAGGCCCGGCACUUCUUUUUCAAUUCAACGAACACGCAGAUGAAGAACCUGCCUGCCUACCUGAGGGAGGUGUGGAAGGAGAUGGGUCUGCCCGAAUGUCCAUCCUUCACUGACCUGCGGACCUCCAUUGUCACUCACGUUAAAAACAUGCUCCCGAAAAUUGACAGGGAAAGGGUGGCCAACUUUAUGUGCCACAACAUCCAGACGGCAGACAAAUAUUAUGCCAUGAAUUUAAAUCCGUCCCAAGCAAAUGAAACCAGGGAACUCUUUGAGGCUGCAUUGAAGGGGGUAGAUAACACAGUCGCCGCAGAGAACCAGCCCUCCACCUCAGGAAAUAUAACGCAGAAGGUGAGAGAGGACGCCCCCCUCUCCGAGGGGAGCACCUCCUCUGAAGAGACAAAAGGUGGUGUACCAGGAGUCUGGCACGUCCACCAGCAACUCGGAGGAGGAGGAUGAAAAGGAUGAAGAUGAGGAACAGAUGGCCAGACAACCUCCAGUAAGAUCAGCUAUUCUGA